CCAGCAUACACAGUUCCAGCCAGCGCCGCUUGGCCACCCAGCUCACGGAGGACGAGCAGGUCCGCAUCGCCCAGCGCAUCGGCCUCAUCCAGCACCUGCCCCGCGGCCUCUUCGACCCCGGCGCCGAGCCCUCCGAGAAGAAAACGAAGGAGUGCGUGAUCUGCAUGCUGGAGUUCACCUACGGAGACCCGGUGCGGUUCCUGCCCUGCCUGCACGUCUACCACGUGGCCUGCAUCGACGACUGGCUCAUGCGCUCCUUCACCUGCCCCUCCUGCAUGGAGCCCGUCGACGCCGCCCUGCUCUCCUCCUACGAGACUAACUGCGCCGGCGCCGCGAGGGCCGCGGAGGGGGCUCCUCGG